AUGGGAGAAAACUGGAAAACACUACCAAGGCUUCAGACCAUUCAACAGAUUCCUUGCAUCCGAGUCCCACCUGCAACCUCAGAUACUUCAAUACUGAAGAACCUGACCCUGGGCCAGCAGCGCUACUUCUCCAGCAUCCUGAGGAUUUACAGCUGUGGCCCUCUGUGGCAGGCCCUCCAGUUCCGUCAUGUGCACAGCCUUCAGCACCAGCGGCUGCAAGGCUAUCUUACUCAUCAGGAAGCUCUGGCUUUUGCCACUUUACUGAAAAGGUCAGUGCUGAAGGCCUCAGCCAAGGCAGCCCCUCAAAGAGCCACCCUCCCUCGGAAGACCUCAGCAAUGACAAGAAAGUCACCGCCAGCCCGCCCUGUGUCUUCAUUUCCACCCACGUCCACAGUGUGGGGCUCUGACCUAACUUGUUUUGAUGGAGCGUUGAUAUUUGCUGUGUAA